AUGGGCUUGAAGCGCGGAAGAGAAGGCCGCGGCCCGGCUGAUAAAUCGAAGAAGAAACCGAAAGUCCAGGCGCAAUCUGGCGCAGCAAAUCCUGACCCAGCGCCAUCCCAGAUUUUCGGAGUCGAUGAUCUUAAUUGGAAAUCCGUGCCGCUCCCAGACCGACUCGAUGAUCUAGGUGGGUUUUUUGGGUUGGAAGAGAUAGACGGGGUCGAUGUUGUCCGACAGAAAACCGCCGGAGACAUCAAAUUCAAGGCCGCUGCGAACAAACCAGAAAAAUCCAUACUGAAGAAAGAUCCUGUCGUCGAAGAAAAUGGGAGCAACAAUGACGACGAGUGGUCUGGCUUCAGUGAUCAAGAAGUGGACGUCCAAACACAGGAGGAACAAAAGCCAACACCGAAACCUAAAACGGAUACCCACCAAAAAACCUCUACGGACAAUGUGAAUGAGAAGAAGACUAAGAAAGAGACUGUCGCAAAUAAGGUCGAGAAUGAACAGGAUACCCAACAAAAAACCUCUACGGACAAUGUGAAUAAGAAAAAGACCAAGAAAGAGACUGUCGCAAAGAAGGUCGAGAAUGAACAGAAAGAGAAGCUACCCUCACUGUCAUUUACCGUACUUGAAAAUGAAGAAGAAGAAGACGGAGUGGAUGUUUCAGCGUGGGAUUCACUGGGGUUGUCAACGUCGAUACAAACAGGCCUUUCGAAGUUGAAAUUCUCUAGCCCGACGACAAUUCAACAAGCCACGAUCCCAGAGGUUCUUGCCGGCCACGACGUCGUUGGCAAAGCUUCAACCGGUUCUGGCAAAACUUUGGCCUUUGGCAUACCUAUUCUGGAACAUUAUUUGAGUACAAGAGGGCAAAGAGAUGCCAAAAAGGAUAAAAAGUCCUUUGCACCACUAGCGCUGAUACUGUCGCCGACGAGAGAACUGGCCCACCAAUUGGCAAAACAUAUCGGAGAACUCAACACGCAUACCCCGGCCGCAGAUGCUAGGAUCGCCCUCCUUACAGGUGGAUUGUCUAUUCAGAAGCAGCAACGUCUCCUAGCGGAAGCUGAUCUCGUCAUUGGGACACCGGGUCGAGUAUGGGAAGUUCUCAGCUCUGGUUCAGGACUGAUCCAAGGAAUGUCGAAAAUACAAUUUUUGGUCGUCGACGAGGCUGAUAGACUACUGAGUGACGGGCACUUUAAAGAGAUGGGGCAAAUAGUAGAUGCUCUUGAUCGAAAAGAAUACGACGAUCGCCCAGAAGACAAUGAGACCGAGGAGGAGGAUGAAACGAUACGAGAAAGACAGACACUCGUCUUUUCUGCGACAUUCCAUAAAGGCUUGCAGCAGAAGUUGAGUGGAAAAGGAAAAUUCAUGGACCAAAAUCUCUUGGACAAAAACGAGUCCAUGGAAUAUUUGCUACAGAGGCUUAAUUUCCGUGAGCAGCGGCCUAAAUUUGUCGAUGUCAACCCAAUUUCACAGAUGGCAGAAGGCCUCAAGGAGGGGAUCGUUGAGUGUGGUGCCAUGGAAAAGGACCUCUACCUCUAUACACUAUUGCUCUAUCAUCCGGGGCAUCGGACACUGGUGUUUGCAAACUCCAUUUCAGCCGUUCGCCGCCUGUCACAACUACUUAAAAACCUUGGGAUUCCAGCACUGGCUUUGAGUUCAAAUAUGGAACAGAAAGCGCGCCUGCGUUCGGUUGAGCGUUUUUCGUCUCCGUCUGACGCCGGCUCAGUUCUGAUUGCUACAGAUGUUGCGGCUCGCGGUCUUGAUAUCAAAGGCAUUGACUUUGUGGUUCAUUACCACGUCCCGCGCACUGCAGACAUGUACGUGCAUCGCUCUGGUCGUACAGCUCGUGCGGGGGCUUCUGGUAAGAGCGUAUUGAUCUGUGCCCCUGACGAGGUUGUUGGUAUGGCCCGUCUUGUGGCCAAAGUCCAUGCACAGGCAGAGGCCAAGAAAUCUACCAACCGCAACCCCCUUGAAUCCCUGGAGCUUGAUCGACGAGUUGUCUCACGUGUCAAGCCACGUAUGUCACUGGCCAAAAAGAUCACAGAAUCCACAAUCGCCAAAGAGAAAAUUUCGUCAGAGGACAACUGGCUUCGAAACGCGGCGGAGGAACUGGGCGUGGAUUACGACAGCGAGGAAUUCGAGAAACAAGGGAGCAAAGCCAAAGGACGCGGUCGUGGUGGUGGACGUUCGCAAAAGGAAAAGGAAGCUGGCAGUAUAAGCAAGGCAGAGAUGGCCGGCAUGAAGGCAGAGUUGAAAGAGUUGUUGUCAAAACGUAUCAAUAUCGGCGUGAGCGAGAGAUACAUUACGGCAGGGCGCGUCGAUGUAGAGGAAUUGUUACGCGAACAAGGGAACAAUAAGUCAUUUAUAGGCUUGUUAGAUAAGCUCGAAUUUUAG